AUGGUGUUGAACACCAUUGGACCAAGCAAGCUUCCUCCAAGAUUGGAAUUGACUCCAUUGCUGCAUCGAGCAGGAGGAGGAGAAGAGAAGGAUGGCGAAUACGAGGAUGAAGAAGAUGAGUCGUGCUUCUAUCAAGAUUAUGAACCCAUGGAUCAUCCUUCCGGUUCGCAACGUUUGAAAACGAUGCAACGUGCGCAUCGUCACAAGAUUCAAACCACGCAACUACGAAGAUCACCUACCGGUACUGUCGGUGCUACCGGUACUACCGGUAGAAGAAGCAGAAAGGCGGCGAGGCAACAAGAAGCUUCCAACACCAAUCGCGUCCCCUUUCACACCAACAAUCCUUACGUGACCAUGGGAUUCUUUUCGUACAUUGCUUACAAUCUCACAGAUCCUUGUUGUGGCACCAGCGAUUGGAUUUACGAUCAUGUCGGUGCCGGGGAUGAUUACGAUGGGGAUUUUGAAGAUGUGGACGUGGAGGAGAAUGCUCUGUUUUGGAGAGAUUACAAUCCCAAACGGGAAUUGUAUUCCUUGCAACUUCAAGUGGAGAAUUCCAAUCUUUCUCCUCAAAAGCGAUCGUAUUUGGAAAAGAAGAUUCAUCACAUGUCGCGAGAUCCAUUGGAAUUCGACUUUGAUGAUGACGACGAUGAUGCCUCCCAAAGCGAUGUAUCCACUCUUCUCACCAUGGACGAAUCCUUAAUGGAAGGCAAAAUGUCCGGCAUGGAAGUGGCAGUCCGCAAGUUCAAGCAAUACGAACGUAGUCAACGAUACCACAAGAGUGCUGCUGCUGCUACUUCUGCUGCUGCUCAUCAAGGUAACAUUCGUACCACCUAUUCCUUUUGA